CACAGCGGUCUGUGUCUGGAAACAUCUCUCUUGAGUUGAACACCUCACACAAUACAGCAGACUGAAGGAGAGGCUCAACGACAGCACACGUCACACAAUAGGGGCUCACUCUACUAUUAAAUGUGAGAAGCGUGCGCUAGCCUUUCCCCUCUCUCCAUCCCUCCCUCUCACACACAGUCAUCAGAGAGUAUGAGAAGGCUGGACUGACUGGACGGACUAUACACAGGACUUGGUUACUGCAGUAGGAGUACACACUUCUACUACCUGAUACCUCUGUCUGCACGCUAAAGCACUUAACAGGAGAGCAGCACCAUGACCAGAAAGGUGUUCACCAACACACGGGAGCGCUGGCGGCAGCACAACGUCAACACUGCCUUCGCUGAGCUCCGCAAGCUCAUCCCCACUCACCCGCCAGAGAAGAAGCUGAGCAAGAACGAGAUCCUGCGGCUGGCCAUGCGCUACAUCAACUUCCUGGUGCAGCUGCUGGAGAGCCAGAGUGGCCAGCCUGCCUCGCACUCCCCCACAGCCCUGCUCACGUUCCUCAGGGGCAACGUGGAACGUCUCCACUCCUCCUCACUGACCUGGGGCCUGGCCAGCGACACUGACGCCCUCUCCCCUGGAUCAAGCUGUGACAGCACCGAUGCCUGGUAGUGUGCCUGCUGCAGUUUCCUCUGAUGGGUGAUCAUCUACAACUCCCUGGGUGAAACUGUCUGUCACAAGGCCCCCAUUCAUAGACUCCAUUUUGGUUCUUUGACACUUGAGGAGUACAGUGUUGGUUGUGAUGGCAAGCAGAAGAUAUUUGUGGAUGAUGCCCUGCCUGCUGAAUUAAAUAGAUUGAGAUGGAUUUAUUUAGCUACACUCUUGAUGUUGACAUUAUGACAGGGGAGGAUGGGAGCCAUGUGAAAUGUAAUCUGUAAUCUUCCCCCCUUCAUGUCAGACAUGUAUUUUCAUUUUGUCGGUGGGGAAAGAUGUCCACAUCAAACAUAAAAAGAAAUAAGGAUGCAUUAAGGCCAUAAAGGAUCAUUUAAGGGAAUUUAUUUGGGAAAGACAUUUCAGAAAAGAUAAAGUCUUGUCCAAUUCACCAGGACUGCAAUCUAAUUACAAAAUGCAAAUGUAACGGCUGUCUAAUUCCUCCUCCUCGGACGAGGAGGAGCAUGGAUCGGACCAACACGCAGCGAGGUAUGUAGACAUAAUGAUUUAUUAAAUGAAGACGAAACACGAAGAACACUUGAAUAAACUACAAAACAACAAACGACGUUAAACAGACCUGAACUUGUGAACAUAAAAAACAAUGAACGCACGAACGAGACGAGACAGUACCGUGUGGUGCAACAAACACAGACACAGCAACAAUCACCCACAAACAAACAGUGAGAACAGCCUACCUUAAUAUGGUUCUCAAUCAGAGGAAACGUCAAACACCUGCCUCUAAUUGAGAACCAUAUCAGGCAACACAUGUAACCCAACAUAGAAACACAUAACAUAGAAUGCCUACCCCAACUCACACCCUGACCAACUAAACACAUACAAAAACAAGGAAAACAGGUCAGGAACGUGACAGCAAAGGACACUUUCUUUUGUUCAAAUGACGAUUUUAUGAUGAGACUGAUUAUGACCUUGCUUAUUUGCAAAUCAAUAUUUAUUAUCAAAAUCCUGCAAUAUGACCACAUUCCCUGAUUGACACAUUGCUGUUAUACACAUUAAUUUACUAUUUAUUGGGACGACAGGAUUGAGCUGCAUGAUAACACAACUGACAAUCCUCUUUGAAAUAUGUUCCAAUUGUAGGACUGUAUUGUGUGAACAGAUAACAGGAAUAGUUUUUGUUGUCUGUCCAUUCAAGUAUUUAUUCAUCUUGCUCUUUUUGUACAAUAAGCAUGUCAUGUAACCAAAGAUUAUUAUUUAACCAUCAUUUGUCAAGGCUAUUGUGUUUUUUUUUUUUGUAAAUUAUGUUGGUUAAUAUUAAGUUGUGAAUAUGUUAUUUAUUAUAACUAUUUAUUUAAUAAUGAUUUGUUAAUAAAAAAAAUAUAAACUUU